GGAGGUCAGAUGACUUCCCGGGAUCAAAGUCAGCUUCCUCUUGCUGUUACUUGGACCACUGAUCUGCAGACAUUUUCUUCUUCUUCUAACUUCCCCUCCUGUGACUGGGGACAUAACUAUUAGAGAAACAAAAGCCCAGAACGCUAAGGUUGCCUUUCUCACUUCCUCUUGCCUCUGAACGCAGCAUUGCUUUGAAUACAGUCAUUGUCCUAGGGCACUGAGCAGGGGAGAGAAAGCGGCAGUACCUCGGAGGCCACACCAGCAGGCGGAUACAGCGUGUCAUGUUUCACCGAGCCAUUUUUGGACACAGAAAAUGCCAGAAUGAUGCCUCCUACCCGCCUGGCUGGGACUCUGAUCCCAGCCAUGGCCUUCCUCUCCUGCCUGAGACCUGAGAGCUGGGACCCUUGUGUGGAGGUGGUUCCUAACAUUACUUACCAAUGCAUGGACCUGAAUCUUCACAAAAUCCCCGACAACAUCCCCUCAUCAACCAAGGACCUGGACAUGAGCUUUAACCCCCUGAGUCAUUUAGGCAGCCAUAGUUUCUCCAACUUCCCAGAACUGCAGGUGCUGGAUUUAUCCAGGUGUGAAAUUCAAAUAAUUGAAGAUGAUGCAUAUCAGGGCCUAAACCACCUCUCCAUCUUGAUAUUGACAGGAAAUCCUAUCCAGAGGUUAUUCCCAGGAGCUUUUUCUGGACUAUCGAGUUUACAGACGCUGGUGGUUGUGGAAACAAAUAUAGCAUCUCUAGAGGACUUCCCCAUUGGACAUCUCAAAACGUUGAAGGAGCUUAAUGUGGCUCACAAUCUUAUCCAUUCCUUCAAAUUACCUGAAUAUUUUUCUAACAUGCCCAACCUUGAGUAUUUGGAUCUUUCCAAUAACAAGAUCCAAAAUAUUUAUCAUAAAGACUUACAGGUUCUACAUCAAAAGCCUCUACUCAACCUUUCUUUAGACUUGUCCCUAAACCCUUUAGACUUUAUCCAACCAGGUGCCUUUAAAGAAAUUAAGCUCCGUAAACUGACUUUGAGAAGUAAUUUUAAUAGUACAGAUGUAAUGAAAGCUUCUAUUCAAGGUCUGGCAGGCUUACAGAUCCAUCAGUUGGUUCUGGGAGAAUUUAAAAAUGAAAGGAACUUGGAAAGAUUUGACAAAUCUAUCCUGGAGGGACUGUGCAAUUUGAUCAUAGAAAAAUUCCGGAUAGCAUACUUUGACAAGUUCUCAGAGGAUGCUAUUGACUCAUUUAAUUGUUUGGCAAACGUUUCUACCAUUUCUCUGGUGCAUCUGUAUUUCAACGGGCUAAAACAGCUCCCUAAAAAUCUCGGAUGGCAACGGUUAGAAUUGGUUAACUGUGAAUUUGAACAAUUUCCCACAUGGAAGCUGGACUCUCUCAAGGAGCUUGUUUUCUCUGCCAACGAAGUUGGGAACACUUUUACUCAGGUUAAGUUGGAAAGCCUUGAGUUUCUAGAUCUCAGUAGAAAUGACUUUAGUUUCAAGAGUUGCUGUUCUGAGAGAGAUUUGGGGACAACCAGACUGAAGCAUUUAGAUCUAAGCUUCAACAAUAUUAUUACCAUAAGUUCAAACUUCUUGGGCUUAGAACAGUUAGAAUAUCUAGAUUUCCAGCAUUCCAGUUUGAAACAGGUCAGUGAUUUUUCAGUAUUCCUACCCCUCAAAAACCUCCGUUACCUUGAUAUUUCUUACACUCACACCCAAGUUGCCUUCCAUGGCAUCUUCAAUGGCUUGAUCAGCCUCCAAAUCUUAAAAAUGGCUGGCAAUUCUUUCCAGGACAACUUCCUUCCAAAUAUUUUCAUGGAGCUGACUAACUUGACCAUUCUAGACCUCUCUGAUUGUCAGCUGGAACAGGUGUCCCAAGUGGCAUUUAACUCACUCCCUAAACUUCAGUUGCUAAAUAUGAGUCACAACCACCUCUUAUCAUUGGAUACACUUCCUUAUGAACCACUUCACUCCCUCCAGACUCUGGACUGCAGUUUUAACCGUAUAGUGGCCUCUAAGGAGCAAGAACUACGGCAUUUUCCAAGUAAUCUAUCUUCCUUAAAUCUUACUCGGAAUGAUUUUGCUUGUGUUUGUGAACACCAGAGUUUCCUGCAGUGGGUCAAGGACCAGAGGCAGCUCUUGGUGGAAGUUGAACAGAUGGUGUGUGCAAAACCUUUGGACAUGCAGGGUAUGCCCAUGCUGAAUUUUAGGAAUGCUACCUGUCAGGUGAGCAAGAGCAUCAUUACUGUGUCGGUUUUCACUGCACUCUUGGUUUCUCUGGUGGUGGUUCUGGUGUAUAAGUUCUAUUUCCACCUGAUGCUUCUUGCUGGCUGUAAAAAGUAUAGCAGAGGUGAAAGCACCUAUGACGCCUUCGUUAUCUACUCAAGCCAGGACGAAGAUUGGGUGAGGAAUGAAUUGGUAAAGAACUUGGAGGAGGGGGUGCCCCCUUUUCAGCUCUGCCUUCACUACAGAGACUUUAUUCCUGGUGUGGCCAUCGCCGCCAACAUCAUCCAGGAAGGUUUCCAUAAAAGCCGGAAGGUUAUCGUCGUGGUGUCCCAGCACUUUAUCCAGAGUCGAUGGUGCAUCUUUGAGUAUGAGAUUGCCCAGACUUGGCAGUUUCUGAGCAGCCGUGCCGGCAUCAUCUUCAUCGUCCUGCAGAAGUUGGAGAAGUCCCUGCUGCGGCAGCAGGUGGAGCUGUAUCGCCUUCUCAACAGGAACACCUACCUCGAGUGGGAGGACAGUGUCCUGGGGAGGCACAUCUUCUGGAGACGACUCAGAAAAGCCUUGCUGGAUGGUAAACCACACAGUCCAAAAGGAAUGGCAGAUGCAGAAGGCAGCUAGCGUGGAAGAGUAACCUCUGCCUGAGGAGGAAACGCUCCUGCAGUGCUCCUUGCCCAGCUUGACCCAGUACCUUCGUUCACGAAAUGAGAAUUAAAUGCUGUGACAUACCUGGCGCUGUGCCAAGGGCAGAUGAUUCAGUGGUGCCCGAGGAACCCAGGACUGCUGACCUCAUGGGGUUUACAGUGCAGGGGGAAUAAGUACUGUGCUAAAUUACAGAAUCUCCAGGUGGAUGUUCCAACCAAAUCAGCUAAGGAGUCCAUGGCAGGGAAAGUCAACUCAACACUUACCCCAUCAAACUGAAUUAGACCUAAGACCCUGGGCCCUAGUGAAAUCAGAAGGUAUAGUUCUUCACCUGAGUCUUCUGAAUGGAAACUACCUCAUGUUUUACAUUUUAGCCAGCUUAAAUUUAACUGAAUGAGGUCUUUACUCACUUUUCCCUUUUCUAUUGAAUGCAAUUUAAAUUCCACUUGAUAACUCAGAAGGCUCCUGAUUGAGACCACCUCCCCUCCAAUUUCAACCUGUUUCCUUACAUAGGCUAAAGUCUGUAACUAAUUCCGAAGGAAAUCUGAGUAAUACAUAUCCACAAACAUCCUGGUCUUUCUUUUGUAUGUUCUAAAUAUUAACUGACUGUGCCUGAUAUAUUUUUGUUUUUAUAAAUCUAGUUCUCAUUUUUCAUGUCUUCUCUAUAAACUCUUACCAUAAAUAAGGCUUUUAGAGACAUGCUAGAAAUUUCCAUAUUUAAGCACUAUCAUUCAAGAAAAUAUGUGAAAUUCACUCCAUCACUCUGUCGCUUGAUGUCACUCUAAAGUUAUUAACUACUAAGUUAUGACUAUGAAGGAAGCAUUACAAUGAUUUUGUUUAAAGUGGCACUUUUUGUAAGAAAGAGGGACAAGUCCAAAUUCCUGGUCUUAUAAAGAGCAAUUCAGGCUAAGGGCAGGCCAAGAAAUGGGAUGGCCUCAGGAGGUCAUUUUUUGAUGGUCCUAGAAACAUAUGGCUGAUACAGUUGAGGUGACCACAUGAUGAGAGCUGCAGCAGUCUCUUCCACAGCAGAUGAAUAUUGCCUGACAGGACAUUGAUGCCUUCAGGGAUUGUGAAAUAGUUUAAGGUGGGGAGCAUACAUUGUGGCUUCCUGUUGGGUAUCACUCUGUGACCACAUUUAGGAAGGAGUGGAUGUUAUGACUGAGAAAAUAAUGUCACUGAGGGUAAAGUGGGUCAUGUUGAGGAGAAUUCUUCGAAGAGCACACACUUAUCUUCCCCAGAAUGGUACAUUCAAAGGAAGAUCAGUGAAGAUACUUGGAAAAUAUGCUUGUCAAAACUGAAAACAUGGCCACACCCAAGAGUGUGCUUGUGACGGAGUGUUUCAGAGUGCAUUUUCAUUGCAAUAUAGUGGGAGGUGUUGCACACAGCUGGGUGUGCUUCUAAGUCUUAUGUGGUAGUGAAAGUGGAUAGUGGAUCUAUGUAUUUGUGCAUGUCUCUAAGUAUUACUGUCUGUGUGGAUGCAAGAGUUUGUGUGUGUGUGUGUCUGUGUGAUUAUGUCUGUAUGGAACAGUGUGAUUAUAUUGCAAGGGGAAUAUGUGAUUGAUGUGAAUGUCUACAGCUGUUGCUUUAUUAUUUUUAUUAUUUUUUAACGUUUAUUUAUUUAUUUUGAGACAGAGAGCAAGCGGGGGAGGAUGAGAGAGAGAAUUCCAAGCAAGUUCCAUGCUGUCAGUGCAGAGUCCGAUGUGGGUUUCCAUCUCAGGAACUGUGAAAUUGUGACCUGAGCUGAUAUCAAGAGUCGGAUGCUUAACCGACUGAGACAUUCAGGUGCCCCUACAGCUGUCUGAGAUAGGUUCUCUACUCUUGUGUUUGUAUGUGAUUACUUAUAUACAAAUGUCUACAUUAGAUUCUGAGUAUGCCUGAAGGCAUGUGUUUUCUGCGCGUGUCCACGCUAUAGUGAGUGUGUGUUUUGCACAUGUGUGUUAGUUCAAGCAAACAUACAAGACUCCAAGGAGGAAAAUCAAAAUGUAACUAGAGUGUUUCUUGUAUACAAGGCUGAUGCUGGCCUUCUUCCCAUCAGCCUCCUCUCCCAGAUGGGAAUUCAGAAAAUUGCAGGUGAGGUAGACCAGAAAGGAAAGAAAUGAUACGAUGUUAAUGUAAGGGGAGGAAAGAAGAAAGUCAGACCUAGGGCAAAUUCUUUGCAGCUAUUUAAGUCCUCUGGAUUGAAAAGACAUGAAGAGUGGAAUAGAGAGAAAGUAAUACUAAUUGGAAUGCCUUAAAUUUGUGUAAUACCUUACAACUUGGAAUAUGGUCACACAAUUAUGACCACAUAUAAAUUUCUUAUCAUUGAGGUGAGGUAGCAGGUUAAGAAUUAGUUUCCUCAUUUUACUGACAUUAAACCUGAAGUGAAAGGAAGUAAAUUUAUUGUCAAUAGGCCACAGUGUAAAUGAACGGCAGGACCUGGACUUGGGCCUCCAGCCUCCUCAGGGCAGCUCAGUUUUCUACUACACCCCACUGCUUCAUGCUGAGAGUUGGUAAAACAAGAAGUGAAACCCCUGUAGUUUUCUGUGUGGUUGACACUAGUCAAGGGUUUUUCACUGAAACCAUGAAUCUUUAGGCAAAUACAUAUGCAACACAUGUUAUAUAUCAAAUGAUUUACUUACAACACAUUUCUUUCCAUAAAGGAUGUGAGGGAGAUUCAAAUGGGCAAUAAGGCUAACCGAUUAGAACCAGAAAAGCUGGACAAAGAAUGAAAAGGGGAAAGGAAGACACUAAGCAUAAGGUUUAGCAUACUGUUUUCCCAUUCAACCCUUGGAAAGACCCCUCCCCCCCCCCCCCCCCCCCGCUGGUGUUUUGGGUAGUGUGGCUUCUGGAGAAAGCCAAAAUUCAGAUUCACCAUGUAUCCUGUAUGCUUUGGGCUUCACUUUUAUGAGAGUCGAGCCAACUCAAAUACAAAAUGAGGGUAGAAUAUUACUCUGUAAACUGUUGUAAGUAUUCAAAAUAAUUGCACAUAUAAGGGAUACUACUUUUAUGGAGGAGCGAUCCUCUGGGACUUUAUGCAGGGCGAACAGAAAUAAACACUAAGUGGUCUUCUCAAAAACAAUUAUUUUAGCAAUUGCUGUUUUCCCAAACUGUGGGACCACAGGAAGACUGUAACUGUAAUCAGGCAGUUUCUUUCUGACUUGGCCUCCACCCACAGGAUAGUCAGAACCCUAGCCCCCUUCUGGACUUUAUCACCUUUCUAGAAAUCACCAGCAGGUCCUUGGAGGGUCUUACGUAAACACAGUUCUCACAAAAAUGACUGACUGCUCUGUGAGGGCAGAGGGCAUGUGCACUCAUCCUUUGCUGCUCCAGCCCUGAGGUCAAUGGCCUGCACACAGCAGACAGAACAACAUCGUCUAUUGGAAGAAUUAAUGAGUGAAUGAAGAACCAUCUCCAGAGGGGAUGUUGUCCUUUGCACCUCCUGGUCAAGGCCCCCAGGUCCCAGGCCACUGUUCUCUGCCACCCAUGCAGUAUCUGGGGCUCUAGCUUUCCAUGGCUACUUCCUGUCUCUGUUGUUGUCUGCAUAGAUGGUCCCAGCUAUUUCCUCCACUCGGUUCCUUAACUCCAAGUAUCCCAAAAGUUACUUUGCAGAAGAGAGGAAGAGGAGUUAUAAUAGUUACUUACCCGUUGUGGCUAUUUUUAGGUCCUACUCUACUGCUUUAUGUAUGAUAUCUAAUUUAAAUUCCCAUACCAUGACUAUGAGAUUGAUUCUAGUAAUAUCAGCAUUAUUACCCAUUAGGAAACAAAGAUUUUGAAACUGUAAGUAACAUACCCAAAGUCACAUAGCUAGUAGUAAAUGCACAGCUUGGAUUUAAAACAAGUCUCUCUGAAAUUAAAAGUCAGCUAUGCUA